AUGACGCGACUGAAGAACCUGCUGCCACUGAGGAACCAGCUCCCGCCGCUGAUACUCCUGCUGAAGAACGCGCCGCUGCUGAGAAACCAGAUCCCACUGAAGAACCUGCUGCAGCCGAGGAAGCGGCCGCGACUGAAGAGCCCGCUCCUGCUGAAGAGACCCCCGCCGCUGAUGCUGCUGAAGAACCGGCCGCGACUGAAGAGCCUCCCGCCACUGAUGCUCCUGCCGAAGAACCGGCCGCGACUGAAGAGCCUCCUGCCGCUGAUGCUCCUGCCGAAGAACCGGCCGCUGCUGAAGAACCAGCUCCUACUGAGGAUCCGGCCGCGACUGAAGAACCUGCUGCCGCUGAAGAACCUGCUCCCGCCGCUGAAGAACCGGCCGCGACAGAAGAACCUGCUACGGCGGAAGAACUAG